AUGCUAAUAAUGGCAAAAGUGCCAGCGAUUGGUAUUGAUUUGGGAACCACUUACUCAAGGGUUGCUGUUUAUCAGCAUGGUAAAGUGCAGAUCAUUGCUAAUGAUCAAGGUAUUUGCACUAUACCUUCCUAUGUGGCCUUUAAUAGCACCGAGAAAAUGAUUGGGGAAACGGCUAAGAAUCAGGUGGCGAUGAAUCCGUUAAACACUGUGUUCGACGCCAAACGAUUGAUUGGCCGUCGCUUUGACGACUCUUCAGUUCAGUCAGAUGUGAAGUACUGGCCCUUUGAUGUUUUCUCAGCCGACGGCAAACCUAAGAUUAGAGUCGACUAUAUGGGGCAGGAAAAGCAGUUAUUCCCUGAAGAAAUUUCUGCCAGAGUGUUAGCUCAUAUGAAGGAGAUAGCAGAGACAUAUCUCGGCAAACCGGUGACCAAUGCUGUGGUUACGGUCCCGGCGUAUUUCAAUGACAGUCAAAGGCAGGCUACUUUGACCGCAGGAAACCUAUGUGGGCUAAACGUGUUGCAGAUCAUUAAUGAACCGACGGCUGUGGCCAUCGGUUACGGCCUAAGUAAUAAAGACCAGGGUGAGAGAAAUGUGCUGAUCUUCGACUUAGGCGGUGGUGCAUUCGAUGUGUCGAUUGUUGCCAUAAAUAAUGGUCAUAUAAACGUAAAAUCUACGGUCGGGGACACACAUUUAGGAGGUAUAGACUUUGACAACCGAUUAGUUGAUCAUUUCGUACAGGAAUUCAAACGCAAAUAUAAUAAGGAUUUGACUGUCAGUAAGCGUGCAAUGUGCCGAUUGAGAGAAGAGUGUGAACGAGCAAAGAGAACCCUCUCUUUUAUGACACAUACGUCGCUGAACAUUGACGCUAUCUUUGAGGGAAUCGAUUUUUGUGCGACCAUCACUAGAGCUCGAUUUGAAGAACUGAAUGCCGAUCUGUUCCGCACGACCUUAGAACUUGUAGAAAAAUGCCUACGAGAUGUAAAUUUGGGUAAGACUGAAGUGCACGACAUAGUAUUAACAGGUGGGUCGACACGUAUCCCAUAUAUUCAAAAGCUGUUGCAGAACUUUUUCAAUGAUAAAGUGUUGAACAAAAGCAUAAGUCCAGACAUGGCGAUCGUAUCCGGUGCUGCCAUACAGGCUGCAGUCCUGAGCGGAGACAAACACACAGCCAUUCAAAAUUUCAUAGUGAAGGAUGUGAUGCCACACUUGUUGUAUAUUGAGAUGCCCCACAUGACCACUCUAAUCAAAUGUAAUACACCGAUUCCCAUCAAACAGACCCAGACGUUUACCACAUACUCAAAUGACCGAUCUGUAGUCCUGAUCCUUGUCUAUGAGGGUGAGAAUCCGGGGGCCAACGAAUACAACUUUGUGGGCAGAUACGAGCUAACCUGCAAUGACUCAGCCUCUAGAGGAAUACAUCCGAUUGAGGUAACAUUUGAGAUCAACUCUAACGGCAUACUCAUCGUGUCAGCUGUUGACCAUAGUAUAGUGGUCGGUAAACUGGUCAACGAAAACCAAGACCCUAAAGAGAUAAGUAAUGCUGUAAGUCUCGCUGUUGACAAUGUUAAAAUCAUUGAGAAUCGUGACUACUGUGAAGUCUGUAAUGACUUUGGCGAUUUAUUUGUCUGCGAUACGUGUCCGCGCGCUUAUCAUCCAUUAUGUAUGACGAUCGAAAGGACAGUCUCUAUAGAUAUCUGGAGUUGUCAGUACUGCAUAGCGAAUGGGUUAUCAUUCCCAUCACCGGCUCCCCCAGCGUUAAAACACACAGUAAGCGUGCAGGCCGGGCGGCCGAUACUGUGGGAAAAAGAGAACCGACGCAACAUUCAGAGUGCCAUUGAUAGCGCGGCGAUUGCAGCAGAUAAGUACCCAAAUGAGAUUUAUCAAUGCAAAUACAUAGGCUGUGGUUACAAUUUUGUAACCAAAGAGGCACUAGUUGAACACUAUUUGUCACCGCACUCGACACAGAUCGAUAAAGCAGAGGAGAGCAAACGUACUCGUCCUGCAAGUCAACGCAUGGGCAACUGUGACGAUUUGGAUGUGUCGGUUGAUAACACGGUUGAAAGGAAAAAGGUCAGUGGACUUUUAUCUACACCCGUAGUCAAAGCAACAUCGCACGUUAGCGCUGCGUGGCCCAUAUUAAUUAUUCCAGAAGAUACCAGUAGCCCUAUUAGUAGUUGUCAAUCAAUUAAGUUGUCAACUUGCGCAACCAUCAGCCUAUCGGCCGAGAAAAACUUGCCAAACGACUCGAUUAUUGAUACAGAUGACGGCGAAUGUGAUGUCUUCGCCGGUUGUGAUGACCGUGGCAGACAAAAUGACAUCCAUAAAGUAUAUGGUCAGUUCUAUACGUGUGACGAACUGGACUUGCAAGGAAAAAGAUCACAUUAUAUGGGCGAACUAAUGGCGAUAUUAUACUAA